AUGCUUGUCAGCUCCUCUGAAGAUUACGAGACAAGCAGUUCCACAGUGGACUGGAUUGAUAGAUUUGUUCAAAGCUUCACAGAUGCCUUUUUGGUUAGAGUAGACCAGGCAUUUGUCGACGAUCCUUUCAACCUGUUUGGGCUCUCAGAGAGCGUCAAAGGAUACGAAAAACUCAUUAGAAUACUUAGAGGAGAAGAGCUCUCUUCCGCCCACGAAAACAUUGCUAGUCUGUACUACAUGAUACACCAGAGGUACAUCAUAUCAAAGAAAGGCCUUGAGGCCAUGCACAGCACCAUUUGCACAGGCGUCUACGGAAAGUGCAAAAGAGUAUUCUGCAGCGGAUUCCCAUUAAUUCCCUUUGGAGUGAGCGAAAAGCCAAACAGAUCAACCACCAAGCUGUACUGCAACCAGUGCAAACAGCUAUACGAGCCAACAAACGAGCUGUCAAAAAUUGAUGGAUGUGCAUUUGGUCCAACUUUCCCGCAUCUAUUCAUUCUUAUGUAUGGAAACAUAUUUCCUAAGAGAAGAGAAGAUAUAACAUAUACUCCUAAAAUCUUUGGGUUUAGAGUUGAAAGCACAAAGGAUGAAUAG